AUGGCAGGCUCGGUCCCGGCAGGAAGUCCUGUGUGUGACGUGACGGAGGAGCCGGGACGAGCGGAGCGUUUUAUUCUCACGGGCCGAAUUUUUGAUCUCGGUUCUUUUUUUAAUCCGUUAGCUCGGUUCAGCCUCUCCGGGGCCAGAGAAGGACGCAUCCUGGAAGUCUCCGGGGAACCGCGGAUUUCCACGCAGCAUGGGAGCUUCGUGACCCGCGGCAGGUGCGAGGAGAUGUCGGGGGAGGCGGCGGCGGCCCCCGGGAGGGUGGUGCUGGUCAAGAAGAUCAUCAUGAAGGACGGAGCCGCGCUCCAGCAGGGCAUCGGCAGACCCAGUGUGUAUCACGCCGUCGUGGUGAUCUUCCUGGAGUUCUUCGCCUGGGGUCUGCUCACCACGCCCAUGCUCACUGUUUUACAUGAAACGUUUCCUCAGCACACGUUUCUGAUGAAUGGACUCAUUCAGGGAGUGAAGGGUCUUCUCUCGUUCAUGUCCGCUCCUCUGAUUGGUGCGUUGUCGGAUGUGUGGGGCAGACGCUCCUUCCUGUUGGUCACCGUCUUCUUCACUUGUGCUCCGAUCCCUCUGAUGAGGCUCAGCCCCUGGUGGUACUUCGCCAUGAUCUCCAUGUCUGGAGCUUUCUCCGUCACCUUCUCUGUCAUCUUCGCCUACGUUGCCGACGUGACGUCAGAAAGAGAGAGGAGCACAGCAUACGGUCUGGUGUCGGCGACCUUUGCGGCCAGCCUGGUGACGAGUCCGGCCAUCGGGGCGUAUCUGUCCGCCUGGUACGGGGACAACCUGGUGGUUCUGUUGGCCACGCUGAUCGCUCUGGCCGACAUCUGCUUCAUCCUGCUCGCCAUGCCCGAGUCUCUGCCGGACAAGAUGAGGCUCAACACGUGGGGGGCGCCGAUAUCCUGGGAGCAGGCCGACCCCUUCACAUCUCUGAGAAAAGUGGGUCAGGACCCGACCGUCCUACUGAUCUGUAUCACUGUGUUCCUGUCGUACCUGCCAGAGGCCGGACAGUACUCCAGCUUCUUCCUCUACCUGAGACAGGUUAUAAAUUUCUCCUCCACAACCAUCGCUGUGUUUAUUGGCGUCGUGGGGAUUCUGUCCAUCGUAGCACAGACUCUCUUCCUCACGCUGCUGAUGAGAACUCUGGGUAAUAAGAACACGGUUCUGUUGGGUUUGGGUUUCCAGAUCCUUCAGUUGGCCUGGUACGGCUUCGGAUCAGAGCCAUGGAUGAUGUGGGCAGCAGGAGCUGUAGCAGCAAUGUCCUCCAUCACCUUCCCAGCUGUUUCUGCUCUGGUGUCACAGUCAGCUGAUCCUGAUAAACAAGGUGUGGUUCAGGGGAUGAUCACGGGGAUCAGAGGUCUGUGUAACGGUCUGGGUCCGGCUCUGUACGGAUUCAUCUUCUUCCUCUUCAACGUUGAGCUCAACACUAUGGACCCCAUCCAGGGAGACUUCAACAUCGACCCGCUGCCUCUGCAAAGUCCCACUGAGCGAGCGCUCAUCCCCGGCCCGCCCUUCCUGUUGGGUGCGUGCACCGUGGUGGUCGCCUUCUUCGUGGCCCUCUUCAUCCCAGAGAAAACCUCCUGCUCCUCCUCUUCCUCCCACCUGUCCCUCAGCGACAAGCCCCACCCGGACAGCAAAGAGUCCAUGUCCUCACUGGCUGGCGUCCACAUCAACACGCCGCUCCCAGGCAGCGACGAGGAGGCCCCUCCCACCACUAGCGACGAGGACUUUGAGCCUCUGCUGCAGGACAGUAUCGUUUGACGGACAGGUGGAAGAGCCACAAAGGGCGGGGCUUACGUUUAUAGUUUCACUGAUUGACAUUUUGCAAAAAAAAAGAUGAAGAUUUUUGCCGCAGGGUGGAACUAAGUACCUCCAAAGUCAGGAAAAGGUGAUUGACAGCGAGAAGCUCCAACAGCAUCGUCUCUCCACCAGAAGGAGGAGCUAAUGUCACCGAUCAGGAGCAGAGACGGUAACAUCACGUGAGCGACCAAUGAGGACGGCUCUCUAACGAGGGGGCGGGAGCAAAGAGCUGCAAAUAAGAUGUCAUUAUUAUUUUUCUGAACGGAGGAGACGGAGACAACGACAGACGGACGUGGGACAAAAAACGACGGCCGAGGAUGAAACCAUCACGUGAUUGAGAAGACGAGGAACCAGCUGUCAAUCAUGUGAAGAGAGAGACGUACGUACGAAGGAUUCUCGUUCAUCUUAAAGCUUGAAACUGUUGAUUGGUUUUUUUUUGUUAUAAACAAGAAAAAGUGUUUUUACCUUCAGCUGUUUUAUUUUAACGUCGUAUUUUAAUGUCGUGUUUCAUUUUUUACUGGUUAUUGUAUAAAACAAACACGUCUGCAACAUAUUUACAGCAGCUGAAACUGUUUCUACUCUCUCAGCUGGAGAAAACGUACUUUGUUAAACUUUCUUCCCUUUUGAGUUUAAGGAUUUUUAUUCUUUUUAAAUGUUUGAGUUAUUGAUGCCAAGGUUUGAAUGUGAAGAUCUGAGAGACGAGACAACCAAGUGAAAUCCAGGAUUUCAAAAUAUCUAUUUAAAUCAUCCAUUACAUUGAAAUGUACAUCAACGGGGCAAGAUUCCUGUUUUAUUUAAAUUUCUUUAGAUUUUAAAUAAGUAGGAACAUUUUUCAGGCCGUGCACUUUGACCACACGUUUAUUGUUGAUAUUUUUUGCGAGAAACGAAAUAAUGUCAGUUAGAAAAAUGACCUCAGUGUAUAAGCUUCACUCCUAAUCUCACCAGUUAUUAUCCCCAUUGUUUGUCACUCUACCUCAGAAAAAUGUUUUUAAAUCAUAACCUGGAUUUUACUCAUUUUACUCUUAUUUUUAUAUCAUUGUCACUUUAUGAAGGUGCUGCCGGCUGCUGACGGUGGAAAAACCUCAGAGCUGCAAACCUGGUGUUUUAACUUCCGAGAGAAAUCCGAGCACACUCAGAUUUGUAUUUUUUAAUUUCAGUGUAAUUUUUGAACUUUAAACAGAUUCUGUGAUUUGAAGCAGAUCCGAUAACAACCAGCAUUUCAACACAUCUUUCCUGUUCACUCAGGACUGCAUCUUUAGAGGAGACGUAUUUUAUAUCAUUUUGAUUUGUGUUAUUACUAAAAUGACGUCUCCAGGGGCUCGUGUGCCUUCGUCACGGUGUUAAUAACCAAUAUGUUCACUGUUUCUCACUCUUGAAUAUUUAAUGGUAAUAUUUAGCGUCAGGCCCUUCACGUCCUGCAUGUGCUCCAGAUGUUGACAAUACAACACAACCGUGCUCUCGGCUCAUCAGUUCAUCAUCAGUUCAUCAUUUAAAUGUCAACAAAUGUGAAGAAGAUCUCGUUUUCAUUUGUUAGUUAAGAUUAUGUUAUGACUUAAUAUCGCGUGUGUGUGGUGCUAACUUCCGAGGACGAGCACAACACAACACCAAACACAGUAUGUGAGUCAAGUAUAAACAAGUAUAUUAAUAGCACUGAAAUGUAUUUAUAGCAGUUUUUUUUCCUUUACACCAUGAGAUCGGUCGGUCAUUUCUGUUACCCAUGAUCCUUCACUGUUAGAUUUUAGGGAAACGUUUUUUUGUCUCCUCUCUCGUGUGUUGCAGGUUUGAGGUUCUUCUGUCUGACAACAGUGAAAAUCCUGUGAAUGAAUUUAUACUUGAAGCAUCAGACAGAGAUUCUAUGAGAGUUUAACAGAGUUUAAGUGGCACAGAGUUAUUUCCUUUAUGACCUUAAAAUGUACAUGAAAAAAUGUGAAUAUUAUGGUCUGUAAAUAAUGUAGAAGUGAAGUCUGGUUCAUCAGAAGGUUUUCCUUCUGUGUUUUUGUCCUGUGAUGCUCAAUGGCACUAAAACAGUGGGUGGAAGUGGUGGAAGGUUUGAUUCCUCUUGUGCAGCUAAACCAUUAAAAAACAAUUGUUCAGAUCAGACUUUGCAACAGAUAAUAAUUCUUCUGUUAUUUACACCUGACUGUGUUCACAUGCACAUUGAUUCUGUCACAUGAUGUUUUCAUCCCCAGCUUUUAAAGUCCAUGAAUGAAUCCAACACUUUAUUUAAACAUUAACACGUCUGCAGUUCAGUGACUUUUCUUAAUCUGUGCAAAAACCUCAAACCUCCAGAUGAUAAAUUAGGACAUUAGUGUGCACGUAAAUACUCAAGUGUAAUUUAAUUCAGAUGGUUCAGUGACAGUAAAACUGUAAAUACAUGGAGUGAAUGUAUAUGAGCAAAGUAAAUGUACACAAGGAUUCACUGUAAAUACACUUUGUCCAGUGUCUCGUCUGAAAGUGUACAAGGUUAGUGGAAAUUAAAAUGGA